UGGCGCAUUAGCAGGAGUUGCAUCCAGAUUUUUGCCCGCAGUGGGAACAAUAGCCAGAGGUGUAUUUGGAGUUGGAAGGAAGAUUUUGAGUACAUUAGGUAUACUUAA